AUGGCCCUACCGCCUCCGGGUGUCAGCGAGUCCCAGGACAAGGCGAAGAGUCUGCCCGGGAGCAGCCCCCAGCACCUGACUGCUUACUAUUCACCCUUCCCGGGCUACAGUCACUAUAGGAACCUCCCCACCACCGAGGAGGCUUUUCAACCAUUCAGGAAGCUGGCGGCAGCAAUGCCCGCGUCCCAGGCAGUGGCCCCUCUCAAUGCUUUUCAGAUGGCUCCUCCCGUGCUGAACCCGGGUCUGGCUGUGCAGAGCGAGCCACUCUACAAUCUGUCCUGGUACAACAAGUUGUCACCAUGGUACCCAGUUCCUCACUUUACUCCCGAGGUACCACGAUUUCUAGACAGCCCCGAGUACAUACGGCGCACUCCCAGCAGCGAAAAUUUGGUCCCCAUUGGCGGCCAAAGCGACAGAAGCCAGUGGUGGGGAGCUGAAAAUUUACUUCUGCCACCCCCAGUGAUUGCUUCCCUCUUACCUGGUGGACUGAAGACCUCCCAGUCCAUAUCCGUCCCUCAGACCCCGAACCAAGAGGUCGAGCUGCCUCUUCCUCGCUUCAACUUCACCGAGGAGGAACUGCGCUUCGUUCUGUAUGGGGUCAUUUCUAGUCCGGGGUACCCAGCGGGCGUAAGCCACGCAAUUUCAGGCAUUCUGGUCCCCACAGACCACUCUGGGUCUAAUCGUCUUCCUAAAACUCUGGACAAAGAGUCCCUUCAGCUUCCCGAAGGUCUCUGCCUCAAGCAGACAGCAUUCGGUGACGCCCCGCACUUUGGCGUAUUCUGUAGUGACGUCAUUGCCAAAGGAGUGAGAUUUGGACCCUUCCAAGGUAAAGUGGUCAACGCCAGCGAAGUCAAGACACACAGGGACAACUCCAGGAUGUGGGAGAUCUUUGAAGAUGGAAGCCUAAGCCAUUUUAUCGACGGGAAAGGUUCUGGGAACUGGAUGUCCUACGUCAAUUGUGCACGCUUCCCCGAGGAGCAGAACCUGGCCGCGGUGCAGCACAAGGGGCAGAUAUUUUAUGAGAGCUGCAGAGAGAUCCGCCAGAACCAGGAGCUGCUUGUGUGGUAUGGAACCUGCUAUGAGAAGUUUCUGGAAAUUCCCAUGAGCCUUCAGGUCGCCGAGCAAGGCAAGCAGCUGUCUGCACCCUCUGAGGAGUCUGCCGAAGGCUACCGGUGUGAACGCUGUGGAAAGGUGUUUACCUACAAAUACUACAGAGACAAGCACCUCAAGUACACUCCCUGUGUGGACAAGGGUGAUAGGAAGUUCCCGUGUUCUCUCUGCAAAAGAUCUUUCGAGAAGCGCGAUCGCCUCCGGAUCCACAUUCUUCACGUCCACGAGAGGCACCGGCCCUACCUGUGUUCAACAUGUGGGAAAAGCUUCUCGCAGUCAUCCAGCCUGAACAAGCACAUGCGAGUCCACUCUGGAGACAGGCCGUACCAGUGCGUGUACUGUACAAAGAAGUUCACGGCUUCCAGCAUCCUUCGUACACACAUCCGACAGCACUCAGGCGAGAAGCCCUUCAAGUGCAAGCACUGCGGGAAGUCCUUCGCCUCCCAUGCUGCCCACGACAGCCACGUCCGGCGCUCACACAAGGACGGUGGCCAUGGCUCUUGCAAUAUUUGUGGGAAAGGCUUUCUGAAUCAAGAAGCCUUCUACGGCCACAUGAAGUUCCACAAAGAUUCCUCUCCGAGAGCAGCGCCCGGUGAGGACUGA